AUGAUUAAUUACGAUUUAAGCGAAUUCAAGAAUUUCCAAGCCCCAAUCGACGGUUACUUAAUCGCUUUGAACGAAACCUCCCCAACGAAAUUACUCAAAAUCCAAUUGAAACCUCACCUUAAAACUAUAAUACUAGUUUCCGAUUACAACGAUAGGAAUUGGGAAAUUUACGCUGCAAAAACAGGAUCGGAUUUGGUUUUGGUGAAAGAUUUAAACGAUUCCAAAACAAUAAUCAACAAUUUCCAAGGGAAGAUCAAAGCUUCGGUUUUCGACUGCGCUCCUUUCGUUGAUAUCGAUGAGGAUGGUAACGUUGCUUCCGGUUUGGAGUUGGAUAUAAUCAAAGAAGUCUUCGGAGAUGUUGAAUUUACCGUUCAUGGAGUGGAGGAACGCGUGAGUUUGUACACGAUAGUUUUGAACGAUUCGCUUACAAAGAAAACGGACGUUUCGAUGUGCUCGCAAUGGCAAUCGGUUUUAGCGAAAACCGAAGUUGAUAUCAGUUUUCCGUACACGCAAAUGUGCAUAACGUUCUUGGUGCAUAAACCUCAACUCGUUCCGAGUUCCAGAUUCGUUUAUCAACCGUUCAAAUUGGAAUUGUGGUUAGGCAUAUUCUUCCUCCUCUUGAUGAUCUCUUUCGUUGCUCGAAUCCUUCGCAAGAUGUAUGGAUUUUACUUGAUUGUGACGAUGGGAAAUAUUUGCAUGAAAGCUCUUCAAAUUUUAGUGCUUCAAGGUAUAAAGUUUCCUAACGGCGCUUUGAGAUGUCUUCUAUUCUUUUGGUUGAUCACGACGGUGCUCUUGAGCACGUAUUAUUCGGCUGGUUUUGCGAGCACUUUAACUUCGCCCGGUUAUUCGAAACCUAUAAACACUCUUCAGGAUAUGGUGGAUGAGGGAAUCCAUUGGGGAGGGCCGGAUAUGGGCAAUUACAAGACGUUGGAGGGAUUCCCGAAAGCGGCGCUGGAAAAGCUCUUGGAAAACUACGAAUUAGAGGAUAAUUUCGAUGUUGUUAACAGCAGAUUACGGACGAAGAAGUACGCGACGUACGUGAAGAUAUUCCCCAAUGUGGAAUUCGUCACGGACACCGAAUUCUUGGACUCUUACGGGCAAAGAAACCUGAAAGUUCUGCUCGAUUGCGCCGCGGAAUACUUCAUGGUCUUCGGGCUACCGAAAUCCUCGCCGCACACAGCGAUCCUCGACAAGAAAAUCCAGGCAUUCAGCGCGCACGGCUUCAUCAACCAUUGGACUUCGAAAGCUUUAACUCCAGAAUUGAAGUACAUGAAGAAUUACUUCACGAAAUCGUCGAGCGUCGCGAGGACACCUCUCAACUUGAUCAAACUGCAGGGCGCGUUCUACCUAUUGAUUGUCGGCUCGGUAAUUUCGUUGAUCGCCUUUUGCGUAGAGCAAACACACAUCGCUGCCGCGUUUAAUUUCGAAUAA